AUGACUCCGCUGGACCUGUGGCUCUCGCGCUCCAUCCCCAUGUGCCUCCUGCUGCACAGUCUGGUGCUCAUGGCCAUCUGCUUCCCCUCGGCCAGCAUGUGUCCCAAGGGCUGCGCCUGUCAGCGGGCCGACUACUCCCUGCACGGCCUCAACGUUACCUGCAGCCUGUCCCGCCUGAGGGAGAUCCCACCGGACCUUCCUCCAGACACGGUGCUGCUGCAGCUGGACCGCAAUCACAUCCAGGCAGUGCCAGACCGCGCCUUCCAAGGUCUGAGGAUGCUGCGGAGGCUCAACCUGUCCCAUAACGCAGUGGAAACCCUUGGAGAGGGUGCCUUCCUUGGCUUGGAGGCCUCUCUAGAGGAGCUGGACCUGUCACACAACCGCAUCACCAGCGUGCACAAGGACGCUUUCGCGCGGCUCAAGGCCCGUGUGCUGGUGGACGACAACCCGUGGCACUGCGACUGCGCCCUGCAGCAGGCGCUAGGUGGCAUGGCACACAACCACGAGGCGGCAGCACGUGUCCACUGCCGCAGCUCGGAGCUGCGGGACCAGGAGGGCCGACCAUUUUUGGCCGUGGACGCCGACCUGUGCAACCUGGCCCGGCGCACCACCGACUACGCCAUGCUGGUGACCAUGUUCGGCUGGUUCGCCAUGGUCAUCUCCUACGUGGUGUACUACGUGAGGCAGAACCAGGAGGACGCACGGCGCCACCUGGAGUACCUCAAGUCGCUGCCCAGCAAGCCUAAGAAACCUGAUGAGCCUGAGGACAUCAGCACCGUGGUUUGACCCUGACAGAACAAAACACGCAAGGGGGCCUGUCGAGGCACUAGCUGUUUACGCCACAAAGGCCUUCGGUGAUCGAGGGAGAAAAUUCCGAACGAAAACAGGAGCAGAUAGAUUACUGAGAGCAAUUUAGUCUCAAGCACUACUCGAGCUGCAUUAAUUUUACCAGGGGAGGUUCUAUGACAUAAUUUGUGCUGGAUUUGACUGGCCAAUCCAUGCUGGAUCAAAUGUCUGUGUGAUUUCCACAAAUUCUCACAGACCAACCGAACGAGAGCAUUACACUAUAAGCGCCACACUCAAUAACAAUAACAACACGGAGCAUUUUAGCAGGGAUUGUUUUUAUUAUUGUGAGGGAUUGGAGCAGAACUACUGUGCAAUCCAAUCCGCAGUUAUGAUUGUCAAAUCUAAGAACAUUGCAGAUUCAUACCAGAUUAAAAUCAAGGAUCUCUUCGGCAAUCCCUCAAAUUACAGUGCCUCUCUGGGUAAAACUAAUCCAACUCAAAUAGGGCUUUACUCAAGCUAAGACACUGACCAUAGAUGUAGUCUACUACUCAACAUGUGUCUUCUCUUUUCCCAGUCGUGCAUUACUGUCGCAUAGUAUUUAGGUCAAUUUGUAAUACUAUUCCUAACUAUGUGUCCACAAGAGUUUCUUGUGACUUCAACCGUGGCAUUAGUACAAUAACCACUAGAUCUUGCAAAGGGAGACAAUGUAAAUGUUCUGCUUCUGACUGCAUUGGAACGUGUGAUUUUAUGUUCCGGCUGUUAAAAUCCAAUUAACACAAACUACCCAUGUCUAUAAAGAGUUGAUUAACAUAUUUAUGACCAAUACAGGUAUUUUGGGAAUUCAAAUCUCAGGUGUAAAUGUUGAUAUAGAUUUCAGUGACUUGUAAAACCCCUAAAAAUGUUUUGUUUUUCUGAAGUUUUCUAAGAUAUUUAUUGAGUGGCCUCUUCAUACACAGUAUCGUUCAGGAUGUGGUGUCUAAAGUACACGUCUAAAAUCAUUCGAUUACCUUUAAACUCUACAGACUUUAUUAGCUGUUUGAUAAUCACAAAAGAAAGGGCGUAGACGUAGUGCUCACGAACCGGCAAGGGACGUUUUUUCCGACAUCCUUGGAUUUUUGUUUCGCUUAUCUCUGUUACCUCACUGUUGUUAAUGUGUGGUUGUUGAAUAGUGUAGCCCUGAAAUGUCAGUGUGUUGAGUUCUGUGUGAUCCAGACUGCAGUAGCAGCAGAGCACAGUCAAUAUUUUCUUCGCGGUUGGUUAUGUCAAGCAGUUGAGCCCCUUGUUAUUUUCCAUAACUCACUCUUGGCUAUAAUAUCCCCCCAAUGUGCAGCAGCCAUCAUCAACCCCACACUGGCCAUCAAUAUCACUAACAAAGCAGUUGAAAUGACUAAUGCGUUUCUGCGAAAGGCAAUUCAUGGUGAAGUCUUAUUCUCGUGCCACAUUACAGCUCGGCCUCCGAUUUCCAAAUCGCUCCUUCCGUUGCAGAGGCGAGAGACGUAUGGUGAUUAAUUUGGCGGAUGCAGAUGGCCCUGCUGGACCUCACAAAUCACAUUUCAGAAUGGCUAGUUACCUGUGUGCGAUCUCUCACUGGGCAUAUAGUAAUCUGACCAGCCCGUAUGCGAACUGUAGAUCGCAGCAGCCAGUGUUUUUGCAGUCCCGCUAACACUGUUCUGGCAAAACAAGUGAAACAGAGGAGAGCG